GAUUACACAGCACCAUAAUUUCCCUAGCGAUCAAUCCUUACAUUAACCAUGGCCUUGAGAUAUUUUGCAGUACUGACAGUAGUACUUGCCCUGGCCACUACUUCUAAAAGGGCCGUAGCAGAUCCUGACAUCCUUUCCGACUUUAUAGUGCCGCAAAAUAAUACCAAAGUUAAUGGAACAUUUUUCACUUGCACUAAAUUCCGUGGACUAUUUGAUGGAGUUCCUGAAACCUUUAAGGUAACAAAAGCUGCCUUGACUGAGUUCCCUGCUCUUAACGGCCAAAGUGUGUCAUAUGCGGUGCUUCAAUUUCCAGCAAAUGGAGUAAACCCCCCUCACACUCACCCUCGCUCAGCUGAACUUUUGUUCCUUGUUGCUGGUUCCUUGGAUGUAGGGUUCGUCGACACAAAAAAUGUUCUCUAUAGUCAAAAGCUUCAAGUUGGAGACAUCUUUGUGUUUCCAAAGGGACUAGUCCACUAUCAGUACAACUCACAGCCCAACAUGCCAGCCAUUGCUGUUUCAGCAUUUGGAAGUGCGAAUGCCGGAACAGUUUCGGUGCCACUAUCAGUGUUUGCUACUGAGAUUGACGAUGAAAUCCUCGCCAAGUCAUUCAAAACUGACGUUGAUACCAUUGAGAAGAUCAAGGCUGGCCUUGCUCCUCAUAAAUGAGAUAAUUGAUCAACCAACACCAUAAUCUUUGUCCUGUACACCUGUGUAAAAACAGGCUUCGGACAAAGAGAAUAAAGGGUCACAUACAGCACCCCAUUUCUUUUCCAUGUUAAGAUUUGCACAAGCAAAAUUUGAUUACUUCCUUGUUUCAUGUAUCGUGUUGUUCUGUUUGUGGAAUUAUGCAGCUACCUUUGCGCUUAUGUUGUA